AUGGAGGCGGUGGUGAUGGUGGUGGAGAAGGACUAUGAUACACAAGGCAGUUUUAUACAGACCGGCUCUGACGAUGAAGAUGAGUCAAACAAGCAAACCUUCAUGUAUUAUGUGAAUGACAGCGUGUAUGGAUCAUUUAACUGCAUUCUGUAUGAUCAUGCACAUGUGAAGGCCUUGCUGCCAAAGAGACCCAAGCCAGAUGAGAAGUAUUACCCGUCCAGCAUUUGGGGACCAAUGUGUGAUGGCCUUGAUCGGAUCGUCGAGCGCUGUAACCUGCCUGAAAUGCAUGUAGGUGAUUGGAUGCUCUUUGAGAACACGGGUGCAUACACUGUUGCUGCUGCGUCUAAUUUCAAUGGGUUCCAGAGGCCUUCUAUCUACUAUGUAAUGUCAAGGCCAAUGUGGCAACUCAUGAAGCAGAUCCAGAGCCAUGGCUUCCCACCAGAAGUGGAGGAGCAGGAUGUUGGCACUCUGCCCAUGUCUUGUGCCCAGGAGUGCGGGAUGGACCGUCACCCAGCAGCCUGUGCUUCCACUAGUAUCAAUGUGUAGAUGACAUUCUUGUAGCUCUUACCUGCAAGUUUAGCUUGAAUUAAGGGAUCUGGGGGGACCAUUGAACUUAAUUACCGCUAGUUUGGGAAUGUCUUUGUAAGAUUAGGGUUGGCACGGAUGCAGUGUGGAAUGCUAGGAGAUGGGUCACACUUACCUGUGUUCCUAUGGAAACUUUGAAUAUUUGUUUUAUAUGGAUUUUUUUCACUUUUUAGACAUGAUACUAACGUGUGCCCCUCAGCUGCUAAGCAAGCAUUUGUAGCUUGUACAUUUGGCAGAAUGGGCCAAAAGCUAAUGUUGUGACCCAUUUUGGAAAUAAACUGUCUUGAAAUAAAAAAAGAUAUA